AUGGUAUACAAUGAAUUAAAUGAUGAAACUGAAAUAGAAAGAAUAAGAAAUGAUGUUUUUGAACAAUCACAUUUAUGUGGUAGAGAUUUAUUUGGUAUUAAACCAAUAGAAUAUUCGUGUUUGAGUUAUUUAGCAUAUUCACAGAAAACGAAUGAUAUAAAUCAAACAAAAAUUAUAACAGAAUAUCUUAAGAAAAGAUUUUGGGAAGUAGAAAAUCAACACAAUGACACAGUAUUAACAUAUGUUUUAGGAUAUAAUAGUAAAAAUAAAAUCAAAGUAAUUUCGUUCAAAGGAACAGAUUCACCAAAUGAUUUAAUUUCAGAUAUAAAGUUGUUUGGAGAGGUUGUAUUUCCAGCAUUUUUUGUUAAGUUCAUUCCAAUAUAUAAUGAAGAAACAAUUCAAAAAGUAAGUUAUGUAAUGUCAUUAUUUGGAUCAAAAGCAUUUCCAACUCCUUAUGAUGAUCUUAUUAAUACAGCAAAGAAUGUAGUAAAGAAAUACAAUGAAACAACAAUACCAAUUGUAUUAACUGGACAUUCACUUGGAGGUGCAAUUGCAAAUAUUGUUGGAAGUAAUCUUGGAUUAUCGACUUUUGGAAUUUCAUCACCUGGAAUAUAUUCAGGAACAAAGAAUUUUGGAAUUAAGAAGAAGUCGAUUAACACAUUUACAAGAACAUUAAUACCAGAGAAUGAUUUGAUUUCUUCAAUGGGAAGACAUGGUGGAGAACAAAUAAAUGUUCCAUGUUAUGAGCAUUUCUGGAAAUGUCAUGGUAUUAAAAAUACAUUAUGUACAAUCUCAGUAUUAUGCCAUGAGAAAGAAAUGCAUAGUCUAUGCAAAGAAGAAUGGAAUAAAUGGAAUUUCAAUUCAACAACAUGGUAA